UUAUAAGUCCAGCCUAUUUGACACAUUGUGUGUAGGGCAUUGCAAAUUGAACACGCAAUAAUAAAGGCGGUUUCUUGACGGUUCGUGGAAUUACUUAUUUGUGUCCUAUGUAUUUGUCAAAUGAAAUAUGGCUAGAUGCAUUUUGAUCAUUUCAAUUGUUUCGCUUAUUUGUAGCAAAAAUAUGGCUUGGCAGUCAAGUGGCAGGACACAUGUUGAGCUCAUAAAUAACCUAUACAAAAAUCGAGUUAUUACAUCGGAAAUUGUAAAAAAUACGAUGAUGUCUGUAGACCGUGGGUAUUUCGCGAAGUCAAACUCAUAUGAAGACCGGCCGCUGUCAAUUGGUUUCGCCGCAACAAUUAGUGCUCCUCAUAUGCAUGCGCAUGCUUUGGAAGCACUAAGAGAUCAUCUUAAACCUGGUUCACAUGCCUUAGAUGUUGGGUCAGGUAGUGGAUAUUUAACAGCGUGUAUGGCACUUAUGGUGGGCUCCACAGGUGUUGCAGUAGGCAUUGAACAUAUUAAUGAGUUAACUGAAUUUGCAUUAGCAAAUGUUGGAAAUUGGAUGAAUCAUAGUAAAGCAGCUCAAUCAGCUGGCAUAGAAUUGGGAAAACAACUAAAACUUGUAACUGGUGAUGGUCGUCAAGGUUGGCCAGCUGAUGCCCCUUAUGAUGCUAUUCAUGUUGGUGCUGCAGCUCCAACUAUUCCUAAUGCCUUAAAAGAACAGUUGAAAAUUGGUGGUCGUCUAAUUUGCCCUGAAGGACCAGAGGGUGGAAAUCAAGUUCUAGUUCAAAUUGAUCGUUUAGCAGAUGGUUCAUUCCAGCGUAAAUCACUUAUGGGUGUUAUUUAUGUCCCACUGACGGACAAAAAUUUACAAUUAGGACCAAGGAUAUGGCGUUAAUCUCAUCACUGACUGACUGACUGACUCACUCACUCAUUCAUCAUCACUGAUGUGUCACACUGUGUUAUUUGUGUUUUUCUCUCUCUCUCUCUUUCUCUCUCCACUCACAGAUACAAGUUAACAGCAUCAUCAUCAUCACCAUCACGAUCAUCAGCACAACAGUCUAAAAGUAUUGCAGAUUAUAGUAAAGUGCUAUUAUCAAUGCUUUGUACUGUUACAUUGCUUUAUCACUGGUGAUUUAUGAUAGUAUGUGUGUGUGUGUUCAUUUUCAUUGUCCUCUACUGCUUUUUGCUCACCAUCUGUCUUCAUGAACAGAAAUGCUCACUCUCUCUCCCUUCUCCCUUUUUUCUAAGAUUUCUCAAAGGUGUAUGCGGGGUGGGAGGGAGAGGAAUUCAGCCUUGUCACAGAUUACAUACAUCCUCCUUCUCAUAGAUUAUCACUUUAUAUGAUAUAUAUUUUUUGGUUUCAUCUAAAUCAGCUUUUAUUUAUUUAUUUAUUUAAAUAUGUAUUUCAAAUUUUUCUUAUUCAUUAUUUCAAUGCUUAUUCAGACAGUGCACUAUAUCUUUAUGCUUCUUGAUGACGAGUUAUAGCUGUUGUUCAUUUAUGAUUAAUGUUACAUCGCUGCCAUUUUAGAUUUGUAUAGGGAUGA